AAUAGAUAAAAUGGUUAACCAUCUGGUGCGUUAGCAACUUAGGAGAAAGAGGGGGAGAAAGUAUCAUCUUGAUCAGGAUCAGGAUCAGGAUCAUCAUCGCAUAAUGAGGGAGAAGAGGCAGAAGCCAAAAGACAAGUAAACAAGUGGAACCAGAGAGAGAAGAGUAACAACUACAACAACAACAACCACAGUUGGCCCUGAAUUCUAAUCCUUCCUCUCUCUCUCUCUAAGACCUCCUAAAUGUCGUGCUCUCUCUCUAAAAACUAAAAUACUAAAUACCCCACUCCUCCACCAACAAUGUCUUGGCUUCCUAACCCUUUCGAAUCCCCACAAUACGACGCCGUUUCCAAUCCUUCCAACGUCGCCGGCGUCCGUGAGGACCUCUCCGUUUUCUCCCAGACCAUCGGCCGCCAACUCCGUGGCGUCGCCGCCUUCCUAGCCCCACCGCCUUCACCGCCUUCUUCACCUUCCCCCGUCGCUGCUCCCUCCGAUUCUUCCUCUUCCGCUUCCUCCUCCCCAACACUUCGCGGCAUCCGCAACGACCUCGCCGAGAUCGGCGGCAGCUUCAAGUCCGGCCUCAAGACCUUCUCCAACUUGUUCCAGAGCCAACCGGGUGACGCUGACGAUGAGUGCCUUGAAGAUUACGAUGGCGUUGCCGGGAUUACAGAGGAGGUUCUCCAUUUUGUUAGUCAACUCUCUACUAGGCCUGAAUGUUGGACCGAUUUUCCUUCGGCGCUUGAUGAUGAUUUUUUCAUGUCUGAUAUUCAGAGAGAACAUGCAUCAACCAUUGAACGCUUGGCUCCAAGUUUCGCUGAUCUUAGACUUCAACUUUGCAGUUACAUGAGUGAUGGACAAUUCUGGAUGAUAUAUUUUAUUUUGUUGCUUCCAAGGCUAAAUGUGCAUGAUUCCAAGCUUCUAUCAACUCCUAAGAUUGUUGAAGCAAGGGACGUACUUCUGCUGAAGCUGCAAAACAAGAGGGAUGCAAAGGUGAGCUCUGAGAACUCAAUGGUGGAUUCAUCUGAAGGGAGCAGCAAGGUCAGUAGGACACUGGGAGAAGACAGCCCAUCUCAGGAAAAAGAGGUUUUGUCUGAGUCUGUAAGUGUGGCACAUGAGAUGGAUAAAGGUGAACAAGAGAGCACUGAGCAGUUGUUAGAAGAGGAAGAUGCUGAUACUGGCAAUUCUGUGGGUGCCGUGAAACGACUUGAAAAUGAGGAUGAUGUCUCUUUCAGUGACCUGGAAGACGAUGAUAAUGAUCUCUCCCGAAGACUGUCUGGCCUAAGGCUGAAAGAUGAUAUUAGGGUUUCUUCACCAAAUGGGUCCAAUGAAUGGGUUAAACUGAAUGAAAAUUGUGAGAUUCAUGGCCAGCAAAGGACAGGCCAAUCGACUUCAAGAGAGAGAGAUUCAGAAGGUGAGGAGUCAAAUGACUGGCUCACCGUUGAUUUUGAUUCAGACAGUUUGGGGGCUGUUUGAGUGGCAAAGCUGCUGUAAAGUUUCUACACAUUUUUCUUUUUUUUAUUUGGUCUGUUAAGCUUCUCUAUAUAAAUUUGUAAUCAGCCAAGUCUACUCCAAACAUUUGCUUACAGUCCCUGUGCAAACCUUUUGGUGUAGAGGAUGUUUCUAUGCUCUUCUGUUCCACAGAUGUAUAUUCUACAUAAAAGGAACUACCGAAACUACUGAAACUGUUUCAAGUCGUUACUUCAAAAAUUGAUGUGGCCAACUUUCGGCUCGUUCCCGAUA